AUGAUAACCAGGUAUCUGUUAGAUCAAUCAAUACUACCUUUAUUUCUGGACUCAGACAACGGCUUCCAUUCGAAGGAACUUCUAGCAUCCUUACUGGCUGCUGUCAGACAAACAGUAGUACAACAAUAGGAACUUUUGGACAAUCUAUCCUUGCAAACAUGGUAUAAGAACAUUAGGAACAUUGCAGUCUUAGAAAAGAUUACCCACAGACUGUUAUUUGCUGUGGGGUGAAGAAAGGUCAUUAUCCUUUAACGCUAUAUAGUGGGACUUUACUUUAGAGACUUCUGAAUCACAUAGCUAAGAAUCUCUAUUGGAAACCACCAAGACAAUUUGGCUUCCAUCAUCCUCUCCUGGUCUUCGGCUGAGGUCCAGCUCCUAUUUCUGUACUUGUACAUGCAAGUCCUACUAUGUGAAUGUAAUCUGCUCCUGAGAAACAGUUUAUAAAACAAGCUGCCCAGUGAUUUCCAUUAUUUCGUAUGGAGAAAACCUCAAUGCAUUCCUCACCAAGAAAAGUUAACUCCCACAUGUCAGACUCCCUGUCUCUCGGACUCACUCACUCUUAUCUCUGGCUAUACUCCCAGAAUUUUUGAUUAGCUGGAGAAUCAAAGGUUCCGAACAGCUGCUCAUUGAUGUGCAUCUUCAGAUAUCUGAAUCAGACAUUUAUUCCUGUGUGCAUUUAUUUUUGCCUUUCAUUCAUGUAUGAUUUCCGUAUAUAUGGUGCUAAUGCUCCUGCUCUCCUGUUCCGUUAUGAGAGGAGGGGAGAUGUUUUAUGUUGAUAUUAUCUGUUUGCUUCUAUUUGGGGAUACACACACACACACACACACACACACACACACACACACAUGCUUGAUUGAUCCUAGAGUAUCUUGUGCUACAGCUCUAUUUUUCCUUGUUCAUACCACACUUAGAUUACUGUGUUUAGUUCAAGAAGUUCAGGAAAAAUAUUGAUAAGCUGGAAUGUGUGCAGAGGAGGGCGAUGAAGUUGAUCUCUUGCACGGUGUCUAGUUCUGGGCAACACAGCUAAAGAAGAAUAUUGAUAAACUGGAAUGUAUAUUUCAGCUUAUCUGUGCUAUCCUCCAUGCUCCCCUUCACUUGCCUUGAGUGACAUAAAAUGCACUGCUUAAUCCGUCAAUGGCUCCAACCAGUCCAGGCUCUGAUUCUGUAGAUGCCUACAGAAAGCCUAUAAGCAGGGCUUGGAGGAAACAGCUUCUUGCCACCCCAUGGACUCCUUGGUACCUGUCAAACACAAUUUGAUGGGAGGUCUCCUCCAGGUGAAGCAUUCAGUGAGGAUUCUUCCCAAUUUCCUUCAACAAAGUUCACAUGGAGAUUGGGCAUACCUGGCCUUUAUUAAGGAUAUUUGAUGUGCAUGUUGUGUUGAUGUUACAUGACAAUGAGCAUUCAUCCUGCAUUCCUUCUUAAUGUUUUUUGCAGUGUUCCUGCAUCUUCCUCUUCCCCACUUCUUCACGUUAAACUUUGCAGGGUAUUUUGACAUGUGUUUCUUUUCUAAAUAUUAUUGUGCCAGGGCAAGGAUGAUGAACCUUCAGCCUCAAGGAGGCCUACCAGACCUCCCCAUUUCGCCCAUCAGACAAUUCUGGGCCAGCUUCCCAAUCACCUGACAUCCUAUCUGAGGUCAGGUAUGGGCAAGCGCAAAGGCGGCUGGGCGAGGGCAAAGGGGUCUCUGGAGCACCAAGUGCUGAGCUUCAAUGAGAAGCAAAGGGCUUUUGGAAAGGGGCAGGGGAAACUCCCCAAGGCAGGAUUGGAAGUCCCAACCACCAGCUGAUAACCUCCUGACAUCAUCCUCACACUUCCCCACUAAUCUCCCACUUCAGAUCAGGGUGCCUCAUGCCGCAUUUGAACUAUCAUAAAUUGGUGGGGGAAUAUUAACCCCACCUUGUACUUAAGGACAGAGUUACAUGACUUAACGUUUCUUCUCAUUGGAGAACCAAUGAGGUGAUGAGAACUGUGAAGUGCUUUCGGGAAGUAACUCCCUGUGCCCUGUAAUGGCUUGUCCCUGGUGGAACGAGUGUGUGAGUUCCAAAUGUCAAUGAGCAUCUUAAUCUUGAUUAAGAUUAAGAUACUGAUCAUUUGGCUAUUUAAACCAAAGGUGGGUUCCUCUGCUCUACACAUCUCUUGACUUCUCUGAAAGCGAAUUUCUUUCCAUCCCUGGAGAAAGAGUGAAAGACCACUAGCUUGGUAAGAAUCCCAUUUUCUUUUGACCUGCAGCAGUUAGAUUCAACCCAGUGCUGUCCUGGCUGUUCCCCAGAAAUACCUGGAAAAAAGAAACUGCCGACAAAAAUGCUCUGAGGGACGAGGAAAUUUGGGCCAGAAUCUCCUGAGUGGAGUGCUGGGUUUUACGGCACUUUUCAAAUGCUCAAUGUGUUUAUUAGUGACCUUUCUUCUAUACUGAAAAUGUUUUUAUCAUGUAACUUUAUGUAUAAAUAAUAGUGUUUAAAGGAGUUGUUAACAGUAUAUUAUUUAAACACCUUUCUAUUUAAAUAUGUUAUGUAUGCUUUUUAAAGUUUGCCUUUAUUGAUACUCUUGAGUUAAUAGUUUUAGAUGGUCCCUUUUGCUUUGGGAAGCGCCAAGUCAAUUUCUGUCUGCAUGCCUGUCUGAGAAUUCACCAGAAGAGGGUGAGUACAGUGGUACCUUGGUUUAUGAACUUAAUCCUUUCCAGAAGUCCGUUCUUGAACCAAAGCGUUCUUAAACCAAGGCAUGCUUUCCCAUAGCAGCGGGGGACUCAAUUUACAACUGGAACACACUCAACAGGAUGUGGAACAUGUUCUUAAACCAAGGAAAAGUUCACAAACCAAAACACCUACUUCUGGGUUUGCAGCGUUCCCAAUCCAAGUUAUUCAUAAAUUAAACUGUUCUUAAACCAAGGUACCACUGUCUCUUCUUUAAAGAAGGGGGCCAUCAACCAUGCCCUAGGCCCCCCAAUGCCUCUCAGUGCCAACAAAAACUAAUAAAUGAAAAAAGGAAGAGAACCUACCCACGUGGCGCUGACCCAAAACCUUGUGCAUGCACUAUGUAAAAGAAUGAAAGUUCACUAACCCCCCAUCUCUCCCCCCUGCUCUUCUCCCCCAACCUUAUACUUUAUACGUUAAAGUCUCAGAAAGAAUAUCAUUGAUCUCUAAAGAAAAAUUUAUGAAACAAUGUAUGUACUAACCCAAGGCAAUCUUUAAUUAAAACAUUCAAAAGGGGGGUGGGUUCCCUAAUGUUUCCUGUUUUCAGCAGCAAUUAGGAUUGGGAUUCUCUCCAGAAACAAGGGAUAUCCUUUUUGCCAACCCCUUAGUGUGUUACUUCGGCAGAUAAGACAUUGCUUUGACUCUUCCUGGAGCUCAGGUAUGAAGAGGGGCAAUCCAGCCCGGGUAUUUUAAGGUCAGUUGGUGACUGUUGCACAGCAUCAGGCCUGUUCAGGGGAUGCUGCCUGUUUAGGAGUAUACUGAGAAACUCUCUAAGUAUAAAAGAAUAAAAAGGGGUGGGUGGGUUCCCUAAUGUUUCCCCUCUGGCCUGAAGGCUCUUUGGGGGGCAAUGACACUACUAGAGAUAGACAGCCAAUGGAAGUCAACUGGAUUUUCAAUGAAAGGUUGGCUGGCUGGACAAAACAUGGGACGUGGCAUUCUCAGAAAGAUUAAUUUAUCUGAAUCGGGUGGAUUGAGGAGUAAGUUUCUAAAGACAAAUCUGACACAGCAUGUUGGUCAUCUUGCGUGAACAAGAAUGGACAUUGACUACAACUUCCAAUGAGUCCAGCUGCACAGUGGAGGGCAUUCCUCAGUAGCCUACAUGCUGCUCAAGAACAUUUGCUCAUGUCAGAGAUGUGCUCUAAGUCUUACUCUAAAUCAUCUGUCAAGUGUGCCUAUGUUGAGAUUCCUGCAUUGCGGAGGAUUGGAUGAUCCUCAGGGUCCCUUCUAGCUCUACAUUUCUAUGAUUCUGAUUCACUUCCUCAGAUGUUUUGUGAUAUUAUCCUUUGUAAAAUGACUCUAAAUGUUGUUGCAGAUAUUGCUCUCAUGGACUCUAUUGCUUUGUGCUUAUUGUAUGUUUUCUGGAGUUCAGUAAAAAUAUAAUUGCAAGUUCCUCCCGCUUCUCCUUUCAGUUGAUUCAAAGCCAGUUCCCUCUCCAUCCAUCAUGAAGAAUCUUGUGAUCUUGGUGUCUGUUCUGGCACUCAUGAGCUGUUCAAUGGCCGGAGGCUGCGGUCGUCAGAGAUGUACACCAAAUGCGUAAGUAUGAAAGGAAAAGGAAAUCCUUUCAGAUGCUUGGUGAGGACAUCCUUGUACCUGGAGAGGCAUGGCAGACUGGUGUGUAGCAGAUCAUAAAAUCCGAAACAAAGGAAGGCCAGAGUCCCACAAGGAGCAGUUCAAAGAGGGUGGAGGUUCAGGGACACAAGAAUGGGCACCCAGUUGGCAUUCUGGAAAUUCCUCAGCAGGGAAAGGGUAGAGAGGCUGUCCUGGUUUAAAAGCUAAGGAAAGGCAGAUAGUGGGGAUUUGUGAAGCUCCGGGAACACUCUGUGUUCAUCACAUAGGUGUGCUGAAACCAGGAAGCUAUUCUCCAUUCUCUAUUAUUAUCAUUACGAUUAAUGUUAUUAGUGUGCUCCAUGCUCCCUAACCUGGUACCCUUCAGAUUCUUUGGAUGCUACAGCACCUCUGGUUGUUGGCCAAACUGGCUGGAGCUGUAGUGUGAAACACCUGGAGGGCACUUUGUGCAUUCAGGAAGGCUGGUGCCAUUGCACAAUCAACCACUCUGCAUCCAUGUAAGAUUGGGGCUAAACCACCUGCAAACCAACUAAAUUGAUGGAUGUCAAUUUUCUGCUCAUCAGUGGUCUACGACGUCUUCACUGUAAGCCUACGUCUACCUCAAAGGACACACACUAUAAAUAGUGGGCUUAGAUUCAUGGAAUCUAUUUAGUCAUGUCCAUUGAUGCAAAUUCAGUCUACUCUGAGGAGGACUAAGAUGGGAUACAGUGCAUUAUUGUUUUCUAAGUGGCUUGAAUUCCCCUAAAUAAUUUUUAAGGAUAGCUGUUUCAGCUGAUAUCCAUACAAUCAUUCCAGGAUUCAGAGGCAUGGUUGUUGCGGUGGAGGAAGCUGUUCAGUCAUUUUUAAUAUGUGUUGGAGAUGCAUACUCAGAUCUUAAGCUGCACCUCUUUCUAUUUCUAGUGCGGGAAAAAUGGAAUGUAUUUGUUAUGACGAAAAUUGGAAACCCACAGGAAGUUAUGUAAGCAAAAGAGGUUGGUAUGGACCGGAAGAUUCUGGGGGAUGGGGGAAAAGGAUGAUGAACCUUUUGGAUAGUCUCUAUGCUUUGGCAGCUUUCCCUUUUCCUCCAAUGAAUUAUUUAAAAGUCCUUCCUCUCUGAGAAAUGAGAUCCGCACCAUUUAUGGUCUUGAUCAUGGUUCGCUAACAUCUUGUCUUGAGGGCACAUUGGAGUACAGGGGAAAGUUUUUCAGGCAUUAAACAUAAACUAAGGCCAACUGCACACUUCAACCCUUUCUAUGGGCUUCAGCAGAAUUGUCCUUUCAAACGUGAUUUGGGCAGUGAGAGAGAACACCUAGGCUGGCAACUUCCUGGUUAAGAUGGCUUUCUGUUUUGGCUGUUCUGUUCAUGGCAGGUGCUCCUGUUCCUUUAAUUCUAGCAGACAAGAAUUCAGCAGGUGUAACUUUGCUAACAAAGAAGUAUCCAUGAUGGGAAGUUACUGACUUGCUGAAUGUCUAUCAUUUGCUCCAGUAUUAAACAAGGUGAAUGCUGCUCUAGGAAGAUGAGAAGGCAAUCAAUAGAGGACUCAGGAUGAGUUGGGGGGAGGGCAAUAAGGAUGAGCAGAGACCCAAGAAGCAUGUAGUCAUAUCCAACUGAUUUAUAUUCCGAUUAGAGCCAUUGGAAUUAAUGGACCUAUGUUAGGCAUGCUCUUUAAUUUCAAUGGGCCUACUUGAACUGGCACUAACAUUGGAUACAACACAUAGUUGGUUCAGCCUAGAGAAUAGAAGAGUGAAGGGGGAGAGGAGAGGAGAACACUCUUUACAUCCAUGGAAGGCUCUCAAUUGGAAGAUGGCAAAGAAUCAUCCUUUGCUGCCCCAGAGGAGAGGAGUGGGUCUUGUGGCUUAAGUUGCAGGAAAGUAGAUUUUGGUAGAACGUUAGGAGGCAAUUCCUGAUGGUAAAAACAGGGGGACAAUGGACCCAAUCCCAACAGAUUUGUGUUUGGCAUUGAGAGAGCAAGAAUGCCCCUACUUUUUUUAGAAAGCCACAAGUUGGGUAUGCUUGUAAUGAAAGGGACUGGACUCAAUGACUUCCAAAGUCCCUCUCAGUUCUCUAAUUGUGUGGUUCCUGCCUUCCUGAGGGCUGAUCUUUCAGAGUAAUGAAUCACAUGCCCUCUACUUUCUCCUCACAGAUGCAGAGGCGCCUAUGGCUGAAGAAAACUGA